GUUGUCAUAUAACCCUGGGUUGCUGUCUUUCUUGACCUUGUUGUCAUAUAACCCUGGGUUGCUGUUUUUCUUGACCUUAUUUCCCCACCUUUGAAAUAACUACUUUCUUUGCAAACUAAAAUCAGAUCUUGGCAUGGAGGUUCUGAUUUCAGCUGUGACAGGUGAUCUUGUCAGCCGGUUCAUCUCUUUCCUGGCGCAAAAUUAUGGCACUCAAGCAUGUGAGGAGGACCGUAGAAGGCUGGAACGCAUCUUGCUAAGGAUGAACAUGGUUGUUGAGGAAGCAGAGGGGCGGCACAUCACAAAUCGAGGGAUGUUCCUGCAGCUGAAGACACUCAUGGAGGGCGUGUAUCUCGGGUACUACAUGCUUGACAGGCUCAAGUUCCAACCCCUUGGAGAAGAGAGCAUUGCAGAUGAUGAGGUGAGUCACUGGAGCCAAUCUCUUGCCGUUUCUACUUUUAACACCGCCAAGCGCCUUCGUUUUGCUGUUGCUGCUUCUAUGAUGAACACACCGAUAGCAUUUGGUACCAGGAGCACAACAAAGUUGAAAAGUGUUCUUGAAAGCUUAGAGGCUACGACUGCAGAUAUGAGAGAGUUUGUCGUGCUCCUCGGCAGCUGCCCUCGUCUUCCUCGCCAGCCAUACUGUAUGUACCUAUACAUGGAUAAGUGCAUGUUUGGUCGCCAUGUCGAGAAAGAGCAACUUAUCAACUUCUUGCUAUGUGAUGACAGUCGUCACGAUUGCACACAUAUUAGCAUCCUGCCGAUCAUCGGCCCACACAGAAUCGGGAAGAAAACACUGGUGCAACAUGCUUGCAAGGAUGAGAGGGUGUGCAAUCGUUUCUCCCACAUGUUUUUCUUCAAAGGAGAUGAUCUAGCGAACGGAGUAUUUGCAUUGAACAACCAGGCAGCCUCAGGGAAGUACUUGUUUGUCGUGGAUUUCAUCUUCGAUGUGGAUGAGGCAGCAUGGACAAACUUCCAAUCAUAUUUGCAGAAGUUGCCAGGUGCUGGGAUCAAAAUUGUAGUAACAGGCAGAGCAGAGCAAGUUGCAAACUUGGGGACUGCUCAACCCAUCAGGCUGAAGAGUCUGUCUCAAGAAGAGUACUGGUACUACUUCAAGGCACUUGCCUUCGGAAGCAUGGAUCCUGAUGAUCAUCCGAAACUGGCAUCUCUGGGCAUGCAACUAGCGGCGCUCCUACAGGGAUCAUUUCUUGGUGCAAACAUACUCGGCGAGCUACUAAGAGCUAAUCCAAGCACAGAAUUCUGGCGUGGAGUAUUAUCGAGCAUAAGAGGACUAGUUCGCGAGCACUUAUCGUCCUUCGGCACGCACCCAGAGGACCUCCUUGGUAGAAAUUUCCCUGUGAAUUUCGGCAGUGCGGCCUUGGUGGGUGGUCAGGCUCAGCGAUACCUGGUGUAUGAUCUUCGGGAGGCUGGCCCUGGUCAAAGUGAGCUGCCAAAACUGACAUCGCAAGAACUACUGACAGGCCGUGAUAUACCUGUUGAAGACAAGUUUGAGGUGCUAGUAAGGAGAUCUCGGAUCCCGCCUUACGGCGACUACGUUGUUACUUACGAAAAACAGAAGAAUCAUGUGGCAGUGAGAAAACGUCAGCGCAAAAGUUAAUCUGGCAAACAGAAGAGUGCACAAAGGACUUAGAUCCCCUUCCUUGUAGUUUAGUAAAUUAUUGUUCCCCUUUUUUGAGAACCUAUUAUUCCUUUUUCUAUACUGAUAUACUAUGUGUGUAUAUGCACUUUUUAGAUGGGGUAUGUGAAGUGCAGUGAGUUACUGUUGCUAGCCUGAGUUGUGUGUACGUACGUAAUUGAAGCCUCGUGUAAGGAAACUGCUUAAAACUUGUGACUACUGUGUCUCUGUGUGUGAGCAUUUCAAUGUAACUCCCCAGUAUGUGUUGG